AUGAUGCAUGCAUGUUGUAUUAUAUUAGUCAUUCAGCUGCUCUCCCUCUGUGGGGCUAUGGAGAGCGGCAUCGUGGGUGGUAGGGUUGCAAAGCCUCAUUCUAGACCCUACAUGGCAUCACUGCAGGUCCGUGGAUACCAUGUAUGUGGUGGGAUACUUAUUCGGGAGGACUUUGUCCUGACUGCAGCACACUGCAAAAAGGGUGUCAGGCCUGAUCAAAUGACAGUGGUACUUGGAGCACAUGACGUAACCAAGAAAGAGAAAAGUCAGCAAAGGAUUGAAGUGAAGUACUAUCCACAUCCGAAAUUCAACGGAAAUUUCGAUUAUGACAUCAUGCUACUUAAGUUAAAAAAGAAUGCCAGGCUUGAUAAGUAUGUGAAACCCAUUGGACUACCUAAGAAAGACAAGAAAAUUCUAGCCAACAUCAUGUGUGAAGUUGCUGGCUGGGGCCAAACUGGAGACAGCAGAGCCCUGUCAGAUGUACUGAGGGAGGCCACGGAGAAGACGCAAUUCACCUUUGAGUGCAAAGAUAAAUGGGAACAGGACUUCAAUGCUGAUCACAUGAUAUGCACCACAUUUACCAAAAAGAAGGGAGGGAUUUGUCAGGGUGAUUCUGGUGGACCACUUAUCUGCAAAACCAAGCUCUAUGGGAUAGCAGCUUUCACCAGCCCAGAAAAUUGUAAGUAUCCCCAUGGCUUCACUAAAGUCCACACUUUUCUACCGUGGAUAAAGAAAGUGAUGCAGGGAUUGGGGGAUGCUGAAUGA